AUGGAAACACUGGAGUCAGAAUUGACCUGCCCAAUCUGUCUGGAGUUAUUUGAGGACCCCCUCCUGCUGCCCUGUGCCCACAGCCUGUGCUUCAGCUGCGCCCACCGCAUCCUGGUGUCCAGCUGCUCGUCCGGCGAGUCCAUCGAGCCCAUCACCGCCUUCCAGUGCCCCACGUGCCGCUAUGUCAUCUCCCUCAACCACCGGGGCCUGGAGGGGCUCAAGAGGAAUGUGACCCUGCAGAACAUCAUCGACCGCUUCCAGAAGGCAUCGCUGAGCGGCCCCAACUCCCCGAGCGAGAGCCGCCGCGAGAGGCCCUUCCGCCGCAGCCCCACCAUGUCCGUGCCCGAGAGGAUCUCCUGCCAGUUCUGCGAGCAGGACCCGCCCCGCGACGCCGUCAAGACGUGCAUCACCUGCGAGGUGUCCUACUGUGACCGCUGCCUGCGCGCCACGCAUCCCAACAAGAAACCCUUCACCAGCCACCGGCUGCUGGAGCCCGUGCCCGACGCGCACUUCCGCGGGCUGACGUGCCUGGAGCACGACAACGAGAAGGUGAACAUGUACUGUGUCACCGACGAGCAGCUCAUCUGUGCCUUAUGCAAACUCGUGGGGCGACACCGCGACCACCAAGUGGCGUCGCUCAGCGAUCGCUUUGAGAAGCUGAAGCAAACCCUGGAGACAAAUCUCACCAACCUGGUUAAACGCAACAGCGAACUGGAAAACCAGAUGGCCAAACUGAUCCAGAUCUGCCAGCAAGUGGAGGUGAACACAGCCAUGCACGAGGCCAAGCUGAUGGAGGAGUGUGAUGAGCUGAUGGAGAUCAUCCGCCAGCGCAAGCAGGUCAUCGCUGUCAAGAUCAAGGAGACCAAGGUGAUGAAGCUGCGCAAGCUGGCCCAGCAGGUCGCCAACUGCCGGCAGUGCCUGGAGCGCUCCACGGUGCUCAUUAACCAGGCUGAGCACAUCCUGAAGGAGAACGACCACGCUCGCUUCCUGCAGACUGCCAGGAACGUGGCUGAGAGGGUCGCCAUGGCAACUGCAUCCUCUCAAGUCCUGAUACCAGAUAUCAAUUUUAAUGAUGCCUUUGAAAACUUUGCUUUAGAUUUUUCCAGAGAGAAGAAGCUGCUGGAGGGGCUGGAUUAUCUAACAGCGCCAAACCCACCAUCGGUGCGGGAGGAGCUCUGCACAGCCUCCCACGACACCAUCACCGUGCACUGGAUCUCCGAGGACGAGUUCAGUGUCAGCUCCUACGAGCUCCAGUACACCAUCUUCACCGGCCAGGCCAACUUCAUCAGUCUCUACAACUCCAUGGACAGCUGGAUGAUCGUGCCCAACAUCAAGCAGAACCACUACACGGUGCAUGGGCUGCAGAGUGGCACCCGCUACAUCUUCCUGGUGAAAGCCAUCAACCAGGCUGGCAGCCGCAACAGCGAGCCUGCCCGCCUCAAGACCAACAGCCAGCCGUUCAAGCUGGACCCCAAGAUGGCCCACAAGAAGCUGAAGAUCUCCAAUGAUGGGCUGCAGAUGGAGAAGGACGAGAGCUCCUUGAAGAAGAGCCACACUCCGGAGCGGUUCAGCGGCACCGGCUGCUACGGCGCGGCCGGCAACGUCUUCAUCGACAGCGGCUGCCACUACUGGGAGGUGGUGGUGGGAUCCUCCACCUGGUACGCCAUCGGCGUGGCCUACAAGUCAGCCCCCAAGAACGAAUGGAUUGGGAAAAACUCCUCCUCUUGGGUCUUCUCCCGCUGCAACAACAACUUUGUGGUGCGGCACAACAACAAGGAGAUGCUGGUGGAGGUGCACCCGCAGAUGAAGCGCCUCGGUGUCCUCCUGGACUACGACAACAACGCGCUCUCCUUCUACGACCCGGCCAACUCCCUCCACUUGCACACCUUCGAGGUCUCCUUCAUCCUGCCGGUGUGUCCCACCUUCACCAUCUGGAACAAAUCCCUGAUGAUCCUCUCAGGGCUGCCCGCCCCGGAUUUCAUCGAUUACCCUGAGCAGCAGGAGUGUAACUGCCGGCCCCAGGAGUCCCCGUACGUGUCAGGGAUGAAAGCUUGUCACUAG